AUGAGUUACGCAUACAUUGUGGAUGAUAAAAAAAAAGUAAUGCUUAAAAAAUUUGUUUUUCAACGAUGGUUUUAUGCUUCAAUUGGAAUUUUAACUAUACUUCCAAUAAUAUUUCUUACGCUUGUACAAAUUCAAAAUAUGAAAAGAGACAAUAAUGAAUUUGCAUUUUGUCUUCUACUUCUUGUUCAUUCAGGAUGUGUUAUUUUUUCUAUGAUAUCAACCGCUUUAUUUUGUCGUAUUACCGAUGCACUUCUAACAACACUAACAAUUAUACUUCUAUUUGCUUAUAUUGGUAUACAUUUUUAUGUUCGAUUUUUACUGAAUCAUUAUAAAGUAGCAGAUGAUUUUAAUAUUAUAACACUUCGAUUAGGUUUUGUAUUGAUUUUAUUGAUUUUAUUACUUCCAUGGGCAAGUAUCAUAGCUUAUUCACAUCAAAUGAAUUCUAAAGAAGAAACAAUUUGCUCUCGAGCUAUAACAUUUUCUUGGUUUGUAAACCUUGAUACAAUGUUAAUUAUGUCUAUAUUAACAUUAAAUAUUCGUAGUCAAGCAGAUUUUGAUCGACAUCAAUUAAUUAUAUUAUCGAUUGGAAUGCCGCUUACUUUUUUAUGGCUAAUCGUAGGAAAGCUUUUGGCUAAUAAUCAAUCACGACAUUGGAUAGUUUGGAUAAUAUUUUAUAUUUUAUCUCUUAUACAUAUUGCUCAUUUAAUAUAUAUUACUUAUUGGUCAAAACAUGAAUAUGAUUUAUUAACAAAGAAAAAUGAAAUAAAUUUGAUUCCAUUACUUAUUAUAACAUUGAUUUGUGGUUGUACAAAUGUUCUCAUACAUUUUCUUACAAUAAUCUUUAGCUUUUCUCUAUUUCGUGCAUAA